CGUUGCCGUGGUAACCGCAGUAAACUGCCUGUCCGGUGCUGCGAAUACAGGCAGCAAGUGGUGGUGAGAAUCUGGUAGUGAACAAAUGUUCCAGUCAACUAGUAAAGGAUCGUCACUGUAGGCACAGUUCCUGCCAGCCAAGACUCCUAGUCUGACCCAGAAGACAUGAAAGAACCAGAUGAUCAGGACACCGAUGGGGGGAAAUCAGACCGAUCAAAGAGUGAUGGGAAGCAGUCUUCUAAAUCUGAGUCAAAAUUUCAUACAAAAGAAGUUUUAGAAGAUACCACAGAUGAAACAAUUACUGAAGGGGAAGAGUCAUAUCCAGAGGAAGAAGGUUUAGAUCUGGGAGAUGUAGAAGAAAGUUCAGGUUCAUCUGAAUAUGACCAUUCAGAAAGCACUAAAACAUCUCAGGAACCCCCUCCCCCAGCUGCAGAAGAGGCAGAAGAGGAAGUUAAGAAGAAAAUAUCGGAGUCGUUCUUCUAUAAUUACACGGAGCUUGCUUCAAAGCCUUUUGUGACACCAGAUUCUAGCAUACCUCUGAAUUUUCUUGACUUCGUACAUUCUUUUGGUUAUGAUUGUAGAAAGCGAGCCAACCUACAACUUCUAGACAGCAGUACCUUAAUAUACAUCGCUGGGAACCAGCUGGUCCUUCUGAAUUUUAAAACCAAGGAACAAAUCUACCUGCGAAGUAGCAGUGGUGAAGGAAUUGGUGCCAUUGGGGUUCAUCCACAUAAAACUUACUUCACAGUAGCUGAAAAAGGAAGUUUUCCAAAGAUUAUCAUCUAUGAAUACCCUUCUUUGAAGCCCUACAGAAUCCUCCGAGAUGGGACUGAGACAGCAUAUACUUAUGUGGACUUUAACUACAUCGGUACCUUGUUGGCCUCUGUUGGUAGCCACCCUGAUUACACACUGACUAUUUGGAAUUGGAAAGAAGAGCAACCCACACUGAGGACUAAAGCUUUUUCUCAGGAGGUUUUUAAGGUUACUUUCAAUCCUGAAGAUGAAGAGCAACUGACUACUUCGGGAUCAGGCCACAUCAAAUUCUGGGAAAUGGCUUUUACAUUCACUGGCCUCAAGCUGCAGGGAUCACUAGGUCGAUUUGGCAAAACAGCCACCACUGAUAUAGAAGGCUAUGUGGAGCUCCCCGACGGGAAGGUGCUCUCAGGGUCAGAAUGGGGCAACCUGCUGCUUUGGGAAGGCAGCCUCAUCAAAGUGGAGCUGUGCCGAACUGGCAUGAAGUCUUGUCACCACGGUCCCAUCAACCAGAUAACGCUGGACGAGGGUGAGGUCAUCACUGCUGGGUCAGAUGGCUGUGUUAGGAUAUGGGACUUUGAGACAAUAGACACUGCUGAUAUCAUAGAUGAAACUGGAUUAUUGGAGAUUGAACCUAUUAAUGAACUUCAAGUAGGCAAGAAUGUCAAUCUCUUCUCUAUGAUAAAAAUGAAUGAAACUGGGAAUAACUUUUGGUUGGCUCAGGAUGCCAAUGGAGCCAUUUGGAAGCUUGACCUUAGUUUUUCAAAUAUUACCCAGGAUCCAGAAUGCCUCUUCUCCUUCCAUCGUGGAGCUAUUGAAGCCCUAGCUGUUUCUCCUGUCACUUAUCUCAUGGCCACUACUGCCUUGGACUGCUCUGUUCGAAUCUAUGAUUUUGCUAGCAAAACUCCUUUGGUUCAGAUGAAAUUCAAACAAGGUGGUACUGCCCUCACUUGGGUACCCAAAAUAGUAAACUACUCUGGAGCACAAAUUAUCGUAGGAUUCGAAGACGGUGUUGUUCGAAUUCUUGAACUCUAUGAUCCAAAAGGGCUCACACUUUUUACAGGACGGAAGAAAAUUUUGGAUGCUGAUAUUUAUUUUAAACAGGUUUUCAAGCCCCAUAAUGCUCAAGUUACUGCUUUAGCUUAUGAACGUGAUGGAGAAAUUCUAGCAACAGCGAGUGAAGAUCACACUGUCUUUUUCUUUGAAGUGGAAAAAGAUUAUAAGCCAAUCGGUUAUAUCAAAACUCCCGGACCUGUUUGCCAGUUAAUAUGGUCCACACUCUCUCAUCCUGAAAGCACUUUACUGAUUAUCUGUGAAAAUGGCUAUGUUCUUCAAGCUCCGUAUCCACCCAUUAAUGAAGAAGAGAAUCACGAUGUACUCUCCUAUGAAAUCAGUGACAUGCCCAUCAGAUAUUUCCAUUUCUCAAGUGUCAAAUCUAAGAUUGUGAGAUUAAGAGAAAUUGAAAAGAGAGAAAAACAAAAGGAGUUGAAGGCAAAGGAAAGGGAAGCAAAGAGGGGGAAACUAGUAGAAGAGAGGGGAGAAGAUGGAGAACAAGAAUUCCAUGAGGAGGAGGAGGAAGAGGAAGAAGAGGAGCCAUUACCUAAGAUUUUCUUUCCACCAAGCCCUUCUCCCAUCCUCUGUGGCUUCUACUCUGAACCAGAGAAGUUCUGGGUUUCACUGGGUGGCUAUGAUUCUGGUUUUCUAUAUCACUGUGAAUUUCCCCCAUAUGAUAAAAGCAGUGAUUUCAAAGCACAGAAAGACGAACCUUUUGAUUUCCGUUUUCUUCAAGAUACAGAAGAUAAUCCCAUCCAAACUAUCACUUUCAGCUUGGACCAAACGGUGAUGUUUUGUGGCAUGAGAAAUGGAGCAAUUCGAGUGUAUGUGCUAAAUCAGAAUGAUCCUUCCCUGACCAGUUUGGAGCACUACUGGCACUUCACUGUGCAUGAUAAUAAUUAUGGGUGUGUUAAGAGCAUCUCGACCAGCUUUGACAACCGCUUCUUGGUGACUGCAGGGGCAGACAGUAAUAUCUUUGUUUUCAAUGUUUUUUCUGAAUUUAUGUUAAAGAAAAGCACCAAAGCCAAAGUGCCAUCUCCUAGGUUUGGAAUAGAAACAGAGCCAAUUCCAGAGGAUAUUGAAGAUCCCAAAGCCUACAGUAUUGAGAAUGCCAGGAGAAAAAGAGAACAUGACAAAUUAAUGAAAGAAGUAGAAGAAAUAAAAGCUAAGAAGAGAGAAAAAAUCAAAGCUUUGAGGAAUGAAUUUCAGAAGCUAUUAGAAAUGAACAAAGAAUUACCAGAGCAUAUGCAAUUUAAACGGACAGAUUUUAAUCUUGAUUCUGAAAUUCGUGCUGAAAUUGACAGAAAAACAGUUUACAAAAUUCAAGAAAUGGAAAAGGAGUUAGCUUGGGAAAAGGAGAAACAUGAACUUGGCCUAAAGAAGCUACAGAGAAGAUUUCGUGAUUCACUGGAAAGUGAUAUAAUUGUGGUUCAUGCUAUACAAAGUGACCACAAGAUAUCCUCCUACAGGCUGGUGAAACCCUCCAAGUAUUCUAAAUUAAAACAAAUAAGUCAGUCAGACAGAAGACCAAGCAAACUUGACAGGCUUGAAAAAGAGGGACCUGGAAGAAGAGAUAGUCUGAGAGACACAGGUGGGAGUAUUAACAAAAAAGAAGAAUCAAUAAUAGACAAAGGGAGUAAGUUUCGACCUAAAACCCUAAGUGAAAUUAUGGUGGAAAAUCAAAUUGAGAAAACCAGAAAACUUAUAUUAAAAGCUGAAAGGGCUCAACUUAAGAUUCAGCAGCGGAAAAAAGAAUGGGAAGAUCUAUACAGAAGUAAACCUGAUGAUGACUAUGAAGAUCCCAAAGACAUUCAAGCCAUCAAAGAAGCCCAAGUGUGUAUGGGAGAUUUCAACCUAAAGUCAGCCCCAGACUACAGGAUACCUGAGCACAUGAGAAUAAAUGCUGCCAAGAAGGAAGAGGAACUAGGACACCUUGACUCUUUGGUUUAUACAAAGAAAGUCCACAUGAACAAGUGCAUCCUCUCUCUUCGAGACUUUAAAGUGGCUGUUGUUGAAGAAAUACAGUGCCUAGUACAAGAAGUGAAGAACAUUCAGGAGACCCUUCACAUAUCCAAGCAUAUCCCCAUCCCCCAGAUCCCUCAGAUACACCCAGAAGAAGUGCCAGAAAAGAGGUUUCAUUAUGACGAGGAGACCCUCAUAAAGUUUAAGCAACAGAAGAUGAAACGUCUGAUUGAAAAGCCCAACCAAGUGGAACAGGUCGGGUCUGAAGUCUCAAGUGGAAAGGAUAGUGAUUUGACAACACGAGAUUCCUCACUUAGGUUUCCUGGAACAUCAAGAUUCAGUUCAGAUCUUCAGAUGGAAUUUGAAAAAGCAGAGCCAACUGAUGUGGAGCUAGAGAUUAUGAAGAGGGAUGAGAUUAAACACUUAUACAUGCAACAGUAUUUGACCAACAGGAUCAAAGAGCUGAUGGUCACUUUUGAUGCAGAACUCCGUCUCCUGAGACAUCAGAAACUAAAACUAGAUACUCAGAUGAAAUUAUCUGACCUACACCAUGUCACUUUAUUUCAAGAAAUUCUUCUUCUCAAGAAUUUUGAGAAACAGGAAAACAUACUUCAAGAGCGUGUUAAUUCAUUAGACAAAGAAGAGCAGGACAUGCAAUGGAAAAUAAAUGACACUCUUAAAGAGAUGGAAGAAAAAAAGAAUGAAAUCACCAAGCUCCAGGAACAGGAAAAGGCGCUUUAUGCUGGUUUCCAAACAGCCCUUGGAGAAAACAAUAAAUUUGCAAACUUCCUCAUGAAGGUCUUAAAGAAGAAGAUUAAGCGAGCAAAGAAAAGGGAGGUUGAAGGAGAUGCUGAUGAAGAUGAGGAAAGUGAGGAAUCGAAUGAAGAUGAGUCCAGCCUGGAGGAUGAUGAGGAUGAAUCUGGAUCUGAAGCGGAGGUUUUGGAUGAUUCUAUCUGCCCCACAGGCUGUGAUGUGGGUCUUUUUGAACUAGCCCUUCGACUUCGAGAGAAAAGGCUAGACAUAGAGGAGGCCUUUGUUGAAGAAAAGAAAAUUGUUGAUAACCUCAAAAAGGAAUAUGAUACAUUGUCUAAAAAGGUAAAAGUUGUGGCAAUGAAUCUGAAGGCAGCAGAGGAGGCCCUGGAGGCUUAUCAGCGAGAGAAGCAGCAGCAGCUGAACGAGGUGCUGGUUGUGCUUCCAUUCAAGCUCCACCAGAUAGAGUAUAUGGUAUUUGGGGAAGUACCUAGUGACCUUUCUGGUACUUUGGUCUUCUCUAACCACUCCUUGGGACGGCUGCAAGAACGAAUUGUACAGCUCCAGGAGGAAAAUACCAGGCAGCAUAAACUUAACAAAGAAUGCCGGGAGAGGCGUAAAAUGCUCAUCCGAGAAAAGAGGGAGAUGGCAAAAAACAUAGAGAAAAUGGAGCAAACAGUCCGUCAACUAAUGGUCAGCAAGUUUGGCCGAGUAAUAGAUCUAGAAGCUCUUCAGACGCUUUCUGUUAACACAACACUGGAAGAAUUGAAGAUCAAAAAACUUCGAAAGGAGCUAAUGAAUGCAAAGGAAAUGAAGAUGUGGGAGCAAAAGAUUGCUGAAGCACGGUGGGAACUAAUGAUGAAGACAAAAGAACACACCAAAAAACUACAUCAGAUGAAUGAUUUAUGUAUUGAAAAGAAGAAACUUGAUUCUCGGUUGAAUACACUACAGAAUCAGCAGGGUAACGCCUUCCAGGGCCCUCGGAAAGCAGAUAUUGUGGCAAGAAAGAAGAUCACUGAAUUGAUCCAAGUCCAGGCAGAAAGAAUUUUGGCCUUAAAGGAAGAGAUUGCUCUUUUGCAUAAGAAAGGAGGGCUUAUCCUUCCACCCAUUCAGUCUACACACAAUGAAUGAAGCCCCUGGACCCUUAAGUUUGCUGUUUUCUCAAAUUCACCCGGGAUUCCUAACAUGUUCACUUCAAGUUCCAUCUCCUCGUCACCUGCAACAAUCCUAUUUUAAAGUGAACUUCUCUAAAAGUCUAAACCCAGAUCUUCUCAUGUAGUUCUUAAUAAUUCUUCUCCAACUUGGUUAUGUUAGAGCUAAAUGCAGCACCCAUCUAAUUACUAUUAAACUGAACAUGGACCGCACGGGACUGGAUAUGAAGUCUGACAAGGUGGUGUUUCAUAAUUCCAAGGAAGCAUUUGUAGUAUACGUUGUUUGGGGAAAAUAUAUUUUUCAGGUAUUCUUAAUUUUUAGUCAUUGGCAAGAAAAAUGUUCAUUCAGCCAUCCAUUAGAAAACUUCCUUUUCUUGGUCCUUGGCUCCUUAGAAAAUAGACUUUGUUUUCAUUAAAUAUCCUCUGAGAGAGCACAAGAGAAUAAGAAAAUUAUUUUGCCAACAGUAUAUUAGAACAAGAAAUGCAAAUUAGAGUUUGGCAUUGUUAACUUCAUAAAGCAGUUAUUUGAGUGUUCAGGAUUCAGGAAAUGUGAACAGACAUAGCGAAGCUGUUUCCUUCAAUUUGCUUUGGGUUGGUGAAAAGCAGGAAAAAAACCAGCUUCCUGAAUCGCUCCCAAAUUUUGCCAACUCCCAGGUUCUAAGUGGAGCAGAAAGCAUGUUUUGCAAGGGGCCUAAGGGAGUUUUCUCUGAAGAGUUUUGCAAGUCCAUCAGUGCUUUAAGUAUUCCUCAGAGUUUCUCAUGUCCUGUGACAUCUUCUUUCAGGUUUUAAUGAGUCAUUUGCUGGUUUUGAUACAGCUUAGGACAAAAUGAAAUGGAUUGACAUCUCUCUGAGAGAUCCUCUCUAAUGAUCACUUUUGAUGAUGCGUAACAUUUUCAGUUAGUUUAAGACAGUCCUUUUGGUGUGUGAGUAGGUGUUCAUGAAAUUCAUGGCCGUGCUGCAGAGGAGGCACGACCUCCCUGGCACUUGGUGUCCUAGAGAGCAUGGCACUUUGCACCCAGAGUCCUAUGAGUCUGUGCUACUGAACUACUCCUUUGAGCCUGCCCCAAAAUAUUCAUUCCUCCUUGAGAAGAAAAGAGGAAGAAGGCAAUCCCUGUAUUUCAUAAAUGUAAAAAGAAACUCUGCAGUGUUGGGGGUUUGUAACCAACUCUUAGCCUGAGAAUCCUGCCCCUCCAGAUUAUACACAGGACUUGCUUUCUUUGUAUGCUGGAAUACUCUUAGAUGUGACUGCUUGGCGUGUUGUCUAAGAUUCCUUCACAUUCCUAUUCAAGAAGUCAGAAUGAUUUGUUUAUGCCUAUCGCCUUAAAUCUUGGAUGUACUGGAGAACAUCUUAUGUUGUAUGCCCAACU